AUGAUGGGGACUCCAACUCGCAAGGCCGUCACGGCUGCUCUGCUCGCCGUCGUGGUCGUCAUCGCGGUCGCAGCAGCUGCUCCGGCGGCGAGCGCGGCAGCCCUGCUCCUUGGCAACGCUUUUAUCUCCGCGCGCUGCAUCACUGGUGGCGUCGUUACCACAACACCUGCCAGCACCACCUCGACACCCACCAGCGACACCAGUGCACCUGGCGGCGACAACACAACACCUGCUGGCGAUACCACCACACCUGCCAGCGAUACUAUCGCAGCUGCCGGCGACGCCACAACACCUGCUGGCGAUAACACGACACCUGCCACCACCACCGCACCUGUUGCAAGGGUGGCGGAGUCUCGUGAGGUGCAAGAGGUCACUGGCGAUGACUGGACGUGCAAGGACGUGUACUCCAUGUUUGGGCUCACGCUCAAGGAAUUCGUGGGCAUGAACCCGGGUAUUGAUUGCUCCAAGGUUAUCAGUACAAAGUACGUGAAUGUGAAGGAGUAUUUUCCAGCUUGCUCUGCCUUCUACUACGUCCAGCCUAAUGACACAUGCGCCUCGGUGGCCAAGUUUCUCAACAUCUAUGAGGAGGACCUGUGGAGGUACAACCCCGGAAUGAUCAACUCCUGCUCACGCCUCCCUGCGUUCCGCUCUCUGUGUGUGGAGAGAGAACCCGCCAAGGCCAACUGGGACUGUGUGAGCCGCGCACUGGCCCCCGGUGUGGUGAACUGGAAGCGCUUUGCCGUGGCCAAUGGAGCCAGCACCCUGGACCUUGUCAGGCUCAACCCGUGGCUGGCCUUCCGUGAUGCUGAGAGCGAGACCGACUCUGAUUAUGUUUGUGUGUCUGCCACCUACAGCUAA